AUGGAUCAAACCCAAAACUUCCUAGUGAAAAGAGGCCAGAACCCUGAGAGCAGACCUGAACAUGUUGAACCAGAGACUCAUGUGAGGGGUCAGUGGACCUCUAAGAUGGAGUACACCUUGGCGGUGGCGGGACACAUUGUUGGUCUGGGAAACGUUUGGAGGUUUCCCUACUUGUGCUACAAAAAUGGAGGAGGGGCUUUCUUUAUUCCGUAUGUUUUGUUUUUGUUCACCUGUGGCAUCCCACUCUUCUUCCUUGAGACGUCACUGGGCCAGCUCACCAGUCAAGGUGGGAUAACAUGUUGGAGGAAAAUCUGUCCCCUUUUUGAAGGCUUGGGUUAUGGAAGCCAAGUGGUUGUUUUGUACACUGGGAUGUAUUACAUCAUCAUACUGGCUUGGGCUUUUCUCUACCUGUUUUCAUCUGCCAGGUCUGAGCUUCCGUGGGUGAGCUGUAACAACAGCUGGAACACAGAGGUUGAAAACACCUGUGUACUGAAUUCCUCACGGUCCAAAGUUUUUUUGGCAGAGUCUGGAAGCUCACGGUCUGCUGACGGGGACUCUCUCCAACAGAACAAGAGGGUUCCCCAGUGUCUCUGGUCAAUUCUCACAGAGGGGGGCGCAGCGAUCAACUGUCUCUUCUGCCUCACCGGGUCCACCCAUGUAGAAUGA